UGUCCCACCUGUAUCCGUAUCUCUACUGAUGCGCGUGAUCGGCCCGUGCCUGCUGCUCCUGUGACAUUGUCCCGAGGUGUUCCAAGUGACGCUGUUCAUGUCACUGUCUUCGUGAUCGCCAUGACUUGGUAUCGGGUUGCAGCUCCACCGUGACGCAUUGGCCAACAAUGGCGUCACGUCACGCCGCGACUGGAGGACGGCGCUGCGCCGAGUCCGUCACGGCUGCGCUGCUCGGCGCGGCGCGCGCCGGCUCCCGGCUGCAGUGUGGAGGACGCCGUGCACCCCGCGCCGACAGCAGGCCGGUUCCGGCGGGCGCGUCACGGACCGCCGCCGGUGCCCCGGUGUGCGACCACCCCCGUCCGACAGCGCCACUAACCACCCAGCAGCCGGCCUGUGGGGGCGCGCACGGCGCACCGACGCCGCCGGCUCGCCGACUGGAGGUCCGCCGGCUUCUGGAGGGCCCCGGGUUCGACGCCGACGGCAAACUUCUCGGCUGCCGACGGGCCAUCGGGCAGACCCUGCGGCGGCGGCGCGUCGCCUGCCGCCAGACAGCGACCGGCCGCCAACCGAGGGCCUGCUCUGCUGGGACUGAGACCCGAUAUCGCCGGGAACUGAACAGCACUUCGUCCACGGAGAGCAGAUAACCUGUGCUGGUGAACGUGGAACGGUUCCGAGCGAGGGAAGAACUAUCCACUUCUCGUCCCGACUCAAUGACAGGGGCGGCGGCCGACGGGCAGUGACGUCAUGACCGGCCCCUCGGAGCUGUCGGCUCGGAGCGCCGCCCACAAGGGACAGCGGUCCGCCCGCGGCGGCGGCGGCCGGACGCCGACACAGAGCGCGGUUCACUGGACGGAGCGAGAGAAGUACGGAUUUCUGCUCCAGCUGUUAGAAUGCCCGGAAUUCCUCCUCCCUGAACGUCUGGAACGCCGAAUUUCCGUCGAGAAAACGAAGAUGGCUGCCUACCAGCUCGAGCAGAAGAUAGUUAAUGAGAACAUCCGACAGAUGGACGGCACGGACUCGCUGCACAGGCCAGAGCUGCUGGAAUCGCUCUACUCGCAGGUGUCGCACCUGGACUCUGUGCUCAGCUCGCUGGAGGGCCAGAUCCAGGUGCUGGAGGCGGUGCAGCGCUCGCUGCCGCGGCCCACGCACGGCGGCUCUCAGCACGACUCGGGCACGGACGGCCACGAGCCCGACAGUCUGGAGGCGAUGCGCACGGUGCUGUCGGAGGGGCCGGAGCCGACCUCUGGCCGCCGCGCGGCGCCCUGCUCCCCGCACCCGGCGGAGCUGGAGCCGGCCGUCCUGCUGCACCUGGAGCGGUGCGCGCACAGAAAGACCCGCCGGCAGCUGCAGCUGCUCCAGAACAACGCCAGGUCGUAUGACUCGAGCGGCCGGCAGCAGCGGAUGACCAGCCAGCCGGAUUCGCUGCACGGCGGCUCGGAGGGCAGUCUGACCGGCUCGCUGGAGACGCUGGCCUCGCUGGCCAGCUCUGACCGACUGCUGGACGAGCUCAAACUCCGUGAGAUGACCAUCGCCCAGCUGCGCGGCCGUGUACUGCAGCUGGAGAGAGCGCGGCUCGACAACAUCCCGCUCGACCCGGCCCGAGAGAUCUCCCGGCUCCAGAGCAGCGUGGUGCAGUUGGAGCGGGUGCGGGACGAGCUGACGCUGCAGAACUUCUCACUCAAGUCGAAACUGUCCGAGUUCACGCAGCAGCUGAGCAGCUCUGGCGUGCAGUUCCGGCUGGACCAGCAGCCGCCGGCGGGCGGGCGGCGCCCCGCAGCCGGCUCCGACUCAGGGGCCGGUGUUGGAGGGCGGAGAGGCGGCUCCGAGCACGACGCCGAGCAGCAGCGGCGCAUCGGCGAGCUCGAGACGCAGCUGCACAACCAGCGUAACGAGCUGGAGCAGCUGCGCGCCGACUCUGCCCAGCUGCGCGCGCUGGAGGCGCGGCUCGAGGAGAGCCUCAGCCGGCGCGAGACCACCGAGCGUUACCUGGCCUCCAGGCAGGAGGAGCUGACCGUGCUGAAACUGGACCUGGAGACGCUGCAGGAGGAGAACACCCGUCUGAAGGACGACCUGAGCCGCGUGCUGCGCCAGGAGGCCGAGCACAGCAGCCGCCUGGUGCGGCUCAGCGACUGCGAGUCGGAGCUGGGCCGGCUUCAGGAGGAGCGCCGGCUGCUGGCCGACUCGCUGCAGCGCGAGCGCACGCUGCGCAAACAGUACUUCAACCAGAUGGAGGAGCUCAAGGGCCGCAUCCGGGUGUUCUGCCGGCUGCGGCCGCUGAGCGAGCCCGAGCGGCGCCAGGGCGGCGCGGCGCCCAUCGACUGCGCCGACCCGUACACGCUCUGUGUGGGCGGCGACAAGGGACAGCGGGAGUUCCAGUUCGACCGCGUCUUCACCGAGGACACCAGCCAGCAGCGCAUCUUCGACGAGGUCGAGUCCCUGGUCCAGUCGAGUAUGGACGGCUACAACGUCUGUAUCUGCGCCUACGGCCAGACCGGCUCCGGGAAGACGCACACGCUGCUGGGAGACGAGCAGGCGCCGGGCGUGGCGCCGCGCGCCUUCCGGCGGCUCUUCGAGCUGGCCCAGGCGCGCGCGGCGCAGACCAGCUGCGCCAUCAGCACCUACAUGCUGGAGCUGUACAACGACCGGCUGGUCGACCUGCUGGCGCCGGCCGGAGCGCGCACAGACGAGAAACUCGAGGUGAAGAAGGACCGCCGCGGCACGGUGGUGGUCUCGGGCGCCGCGCUGCUGCCCUGCCAAGACGCCGCCCACCUACAGCUGCUGUUUGAGCGCGCCGUCGGCGCCCGGCGCACCGGCGCCACGCGCAUGAACGCGGCCAGCUCCCGCUCUCACCUGGUCAUAGGCGUCACUGUGGAGGCCACCAGCCGCGUCAACGGCGCCGUGACGCGCGGCAAGCUGAGCCUGCUGGACCUGGCCGGCAGCGAGCGGGCCGCCAAGUCGGGCGCCGACGCCGACCAGCUGCGGGAGGCCAACGCCAUCAACAAGUCGCUCUCGGCCCUGGCGGACGUCAUCUCGUCACUGGCGGCCGAACAGAGCUUCGUGCCUUACAGGAACAGCAAGCUGACGAUGCUGAUGCAGGACAGUCUGGGCGGCAACGCCAAGACGCUGAUGUUCGUCAACAUCUCCCCGGCGCAGUACAACCUGGACGAGACGCUGACCUCGCUGCAGUACGCCUCGCGGGUCAAACAGAUCACCAACUCGGCCGCCCGCAACGCCGACAAUAAGGAGAUCACCCGACUCAAAAACGUUAUCGCCAAGCUGCGACAGCGGGUCGACUGCGGCCAGCCGAGUCUCGAGGAGCGUGACGAAGGCUGACGCGGCGCCCCCGGGCCUCGCCUGAUCCCGGCGACUGGCCUGGGUGAACCAAAGAUAUAUCCUGCCACCGCUGAGCGGUCUUCAGCGGGAGUGUUUGAGGACAGGGGACCGAGAUGGUGCUGUCGUGGUACAGCAGUGCG